AUGUUCGUAUUAGCAGAAAUGAAAGAUGUCAUAAGAGUUACUCCUGAACAUUUUCACCAAAGCUUAACAGAAUCCAUAACAACAUUGUUAAAUAGAAAACUUGCAAAUAAGGUAGUUUUAAAUGUAGGUUUAUGUAUAGCACUAUUUGAUAUCACCCACAUUGGCCAUUCAUAUAUAUUCCCUGGCGAUGGUUCAUCACAUACAGAAGUCAAAUUUCGAUAUAUAAUAUUUAGACCAUUAGUAGAAGAAAUUCUCAUAGGAAAAAUAAGAAGUUGUAGUAGAGAAGGAGUGCAUGUAACUAUGGGAUUUUUUGAUGACAUAUUAAUACCAGUCAAUGCACUUCAACAUCCAUCUAGAUUUGAUGAAACUGAUCAAGCUUGGGUUUGGGAAUAUCCCAAAGAAGAUGGAGAAAAACAUGAUUUGUUCAUGGACUCAGGUGAAUCCAUAAGAUUUCGAGUUACAAGUGCGAUAUUUGAAGAAAGCUUACCAAGUGGUCCACCAGGCACUGAAUGCCCAGUACAAACGACAGCACCAUACAGACUCAUAGGUGGCAUCAAUGAACCUGGCCUUGGUCUUUUAACAUGGUGGGAAACUCCUGAGCAAGAUGAAGAUGAAGAAGACAAUGAAGAACAAGAUAAUGAUGAA